AUGAAGGGGGACGCCGGCCUCAUCGGCUGUCUCGUUGACAGAGUCGCCACUCGACUCCCACGUUCGACGGGAACUUGUGGCCCGGAGCUCGACAACGACGACAUCCUGCGAACAACACGCGAGACCUUGGUCAAUCUCAGCAAGGCACCCGCCACUUUCGGCGUCAUCGCCGACUCUCUUCUUGCCUUGCUGCAGUCCUUCGCCCGACCCUUCGCCUCGGCAGCUCUUGCCUCGCACCCUCCUCAUGUCUUGCAGUCGGAGCUAUACAUUGUCGCCUUGCUCGCCGACUGCUUCUCUUCCAGUUGCUCUCGUCUGACCGCGAGGGGCGAUGCGGCUGCCUGCCACAAUCCGCCACCCCCGUUGGCCGACGAUGUCGUCUCUCGCCUCUUCGACUUGCUGAAGCAGCUUCUCGACCCCAUCCCCGACCAGUACGUGCUUCCCGCACAGCUUCUCGUCGAACAGAUAGCCCGCCGAAACCUUUCUCUGCCCCUUUCCGAUGCCUCUCGGCGACAGCAGCAACGAGUCGACGGCCCAGCUUCCGCCGAGGUCGCCGCUUCUCUCGUGCCCGGUCUGGCGGAGCUGGAUGCCCACAUCCAGACGAUUGUCGAAUCUGCCACCGCCUCCAACUGGUCGGCUUCGUUUGCCUACGUCAAAAACGUCAUCUACGGCAUCCGCAACACCUCGUUCCCCGAUGCGACCUCGGACCCUUCGCCGUCCUCCUCCAUGGCUGUCGAGAGGUCCGCUCUUGUCACCUUGCGCCUCCUGUCCUUUUUCUGCGUCGACGAUUCGAAGCUCGGCCUCAUCAUCCAGGAGAUCUGCCCCAGCUACCUUCAUUUUUGCAAGCCAUGCCAGAAUACCAUCGCCGUCGUUCUCCCCCUGCUCAUCACGAGCUGGAUUGAUCGUUGUCCCCAUCAGUUCGUCCGCCUCCACACGCUCCACAAGAAGCUCGACGGUGCCGUCGACACCUUGUUCGACAUGACCCAGACGGGAGUCGACGUCGGGAAAAGAAAGACCGUCCUGUACCCGUUGCAGCUGACCCUGGUCCUCCUCCUUCCCGACGUCUUCCAGGUGGCCGGUAACAUGAAGGAGGCCAGGAGCAACAGCGUCGUGAAAAAAGUCGCCUUUCUGGACGCCCUGCGGAAGGCGCUCUGGAAUGGCAAUGAGCAGGCUGGGUACUGCCUCGUCACCCUUCUCCGCGCCGCUCGUCACUUCACCGUCGAGACCGACUCGGCCCUCGUAAGCUAUGCCCUAGAUGUCCAGGAUGAGGUGAAAAACGCCAUCUUCUCCAUGUCGCCACCAUCCUCGCCCUCCGUACGUCGAUCGUUUGAUCAAGAGAUGAUCACGGGAGCCUUUGUCAGCCUCGUCAAUUUGAACCUGAACGGGUGUGUCGAUACCCUCAUAGACACUUGCAUCGCCCCAUCGGCACCCAACAGGUUCAAAAUAGCCCUCGUCCAGGCUUGUUCAUACUUUGCGACGCGCUCUCAGGACCCAUGUCGCACGGCGUUGCUCGACGUUGCCGUUCCCUUUAUGCGCGCCCACUUGCAGCAUUGUGACCGCUUCAUCGUUUCACCCAAGGAUGAGCCGCAAAAAGACGGCGUUGGGGAGUUCAUGUACGCCGUCAUGCGAUUCUUAGAAGCCUUCCCGAAUCCCCUCUUGGAGGAGAUGACCGACGGUGAUUCAGAAUCGGACUUUGUCAAACCGUUGCUUUUCUGUGCCUUCUCGCCCGACUCAUCAAUCCGCCGCUUGGCCACCGACGUAGCCAGGAGGAUCCUGGUGGAGGCCCAAGAUUGCUAUCCAGCCCUUGAUGCUGAACGCCAACUUGUGGCCCGCCCAUCGCAGGGCCUGAUAGAUGUACUCAACGACGUGCCCGAGACGAUGGCGUCGUCGUCCAAGCUCGAAACGACUCUCUUGGUGUCGCUAUGCACCGCAGAAAUCGACACGUGCCAAAUAGUGACGUCUUGCAUCCGAUACGUUCUCGAGGAGCAAACUCUCAGGAUGAGCAGCACCUCGAGCAAAACAAUUUCUUCUGUGCUGCGCAACCGCAACGUCUAUCAAGAGCUUACUUCCCCAGCCUUCCGGUUCACCGGAACCGUUGCGUUCCAGAAAAGAAUGCGCAGCCUUCUGCGGCAAAUGGAAUAUCCAACAGCGGGCGUCCUCGCCGCUUGGGAAACUGCGUUUGAACGGUGGCUUCCUCUGGCCAAGCAGGUAUCGACUCCGGCCACGGACCCCGUUGAUGACACCGUUCUGUCUGAAUGGAGAAAUUACUCGGGCUUUUUGGCCUCUCUAGGGGGGGUUUGUGCUUCGGACCAAAGAGCUGUGCUCGGGGAACCGCUUCCUGGCGACUUCUCGUCGUCCAUCGAUCGAGGGUGUUCGGUGAAAUCAUGGGAAUCAUCCUUGGCUCAUUAUCUCAAGCUCAGCAUCCAACUCCUUGCCAGCUCAAAGGUCAAGGUCCGCGAGGCUAUGCGAGAGGUCUUGUCCACCGAGGUCUCAUCAGUAUUAUACUCUUCACUCUUCAGGGCUCUAGAGUCGGAGCUGAACCUGCUCUUCACGGCGGCACUUGGUCCAUCUGACAAACGGCAGGAUGGGGAUAUAACUUUUGCGGAGCAGACUGCUUACUUGCUCAAGGCCAUGGUUGAGAGGCUCGAGAGUCCAACUGAUCUUGGUGCCGCUUCGUCCGUGCAUCUCGGCGCCCUUGCUCUGAAUUUCGCCAAAUUCAUCGAUGGAGUCUCUGACGGAAGUGCACCGAGGGUGAAGAUUAGAGUUUGCAAUCUUUGCGAAGCGGUUACCAAACGAAAGGAGCAUCUGAACCUCAGAGAUGAUGUUCGCAUUCGAAACCAACUCCUCGAGUGCAUAGUUGGUUGGAUAGCUCGUCCUCAAUCCACAAAGCAGGAGCAGCUUCCUGGUGCGGCCGUUCGUCAGGAUGAUGGUCGCCGCAUCCAAAAGGACCUUGAUAAAGCUUGUCUGAAAUCGCUUGCCCAUCUCACCUUUCGCCUCCCGCUACAACCAGCCGAUAGCCAAACGGAUGCUGGUACGAGCGAGUUGAAAUCCGAAAUGUUCCACUCCUACUUCAAUCGUUUCUUAUCCCUCCUGAACCACGACGACAAAGAGUCUGGUGGAGCAGAGUUCCAACAAGGCUUGGCAUUGGCAGUGCGCGAGGAUGUGGUUUCAAAUUCAGAUCUCGUCAUCACGAUCCUGUCCAACCUUCUCAGCGCAAAUAUCGAUGUUGGCUUGAAACAUUCCCUCAAUAUCGGGUAUCAUGAAAAUAUUGAGAUCCGCACUGCCUUUGUCAAGGUCCUGUACAAUAUCCUGAUCCAGGGAACCGAGUUUAGCAGAUUGACCGACGCGGGUGUUAGUGAAAAGUACGAAGAACUGCUAAAGCUUCUAACAACGGACCUUUCUCUCCCAGUCUCAAUGAGCUUCAUAUGUCCGGCGUCGGAAGUUGAUCAGCUGUCGUUGUGCUUGCUGACAAUCUUCGAGCAACGGGGACUUAUAUAUGAUCUUCUUGAAGCGCUCGUGCAGCAUGAAAUACACUACUCAGAGAAUGAGUCCGAAAUACUGCGUAGAUCUUCCGUCACGACAAAGAUACUUUCCAUCUAUGCUAAAUGGAAAGGCGUGUCGUACUUGAAAGCGACGCUGCAGAAUGUGGUCGAGAGGCUCAUGAUCACGUCCCAGGACCUGGAUCUUGAACUUGACCCCGCGAGGGUUGGUUCUCCCGACGAGCUACAGCAGAAUGCCAUACAGCUCCAGAUCGUGGCCAAGGUUUUCAUGGAUGACAUCUGCGCCUCAUCAUCGCUUGUGCCAGCCUCGUUCCGAAAGAUAUGUUGCAUAAUUUCCGAAGCCGUCUCAUCUCGCUUUCCCAACUCAAAGUAUACGGCCGUUGGCGCCUUCAUGUUUCUGCGCUUCAUCUGCCCAGCGAUUGUUGCUCCUGAAUCGGCAGGUCUGAUAAGCACGCCGCCAACGAAGCAAAUGCGCCGUGGACUGCUUCUCAUCGCGAAGAUCAUACAAAACCUGGCAAACAAUGCCCUUUUCGGCAGCAAAGAGCCGUACAUGUUCCCCCUGAAUGCAUUCCUCGUGCAAAAUAUCCACUUGGUGACGGGAUUUUUGCGCGAGAUCUCGGUACCCCCCGAACAUAUGGAGGUCGAGACAAAUCUAGGCCUUUUAGAUUUCGGAUCCUGCGUCGUUUUACACAGAUUUUUGUAUGACCACUGGGAUCAUCUUCGGCAAACACUUGUCACCACGGGAGGGAAAGGGUUCGUGAGAGGUCCUGAGCAACCUGCUCGAGGAGCACCAGCCAUGCUAGAACCACUUCGGAACCUCGUCACGAAUCUCGGGCCACUCCCAUUGGCAAUAUCGUGGAAUCGACCCCAUAUCUCGUCGAAUAUACCGCCGAUCUAUUCGCGAUUUCAGAACUUCAUGCUCCGGAACGCCUUCAAGGGUACAGAAUCAUUUCUGACCUCCCGCGCUGUGUACGACGGAGGGGAGAGCAAGGUAUUUUCAGACUCUUCCUCAUCUAGAUCCGUGGCGUUCAUGUAUCUCAUGCCUUUGCAGGAUGGCCUGUCAAUUGUGUGCGUGAUACUGCGACAUAUAGAAAACGAGAUUGUCGAUUACGACACGCUGCUAUUCUGCUACCUCAAGAUUGCCAGCCGGCUGUGGCAGGAACCGUUUGGCCUCUUUAUUGAUGCGACGUGCUACAACGGGCGAGGAGAACCUCCUGAUGAGUUUUUCGACAUGCUUGACCUUCUGGCCCCCUCGGAACUGUCUCUCAACUUGUCGAGGAUCUACGUCUACAACAUGAACAGCGCAUUCAAGAGAUGCUUUCGUCGGUUAUUGCGGGUGUGCACCAAGAACGAGAACAGCGUCUUCCAUCCCAAGAAUGUUGACUAUCAUCUGAUUGGAACCCUCCAGGGGCUGCAAACGCAUUUUCAUCUGAGCCAGUUGCACCUACCGCAGGAAACAAUAAGUGUCGUUACGGACACUCGCUACAUGUUCCAGCGCGUAACCCGGCUUUCCAAGUCCAAGGGCAAGGUAGAGGUUGUCAUCAAGAUUGGAAGCGAGUUUGUCCAAGUGACAACGGCAAAGAAGCAUGAGCUUUUGUCGGGAUUCCGGCUCAACAGCACGGUGAACGACAUUUUCCGCCUCGCCGACAUUGACGAAGCUACGACACCUGUGCAGGCGAAUGACGAUUCUGCCUUUGGACUCAGGGUGGAUGGUGGGAGGGUGGUUAUGUUUUUCACGAGCCCCGAGAAAGCAGACCUCCUUCAGACCAUCCACACGGCCAAGGGCAAGUAUGGAAAGGACACCAGGUUACACAAGCCACCCGAACGGCUGGUCAGGCCGCAGGACGUUCCCGGAACGAUGCUCAACCUCGCCUUGACGAAUCUUGCCAGCCAUAAUCCUCUCCUGAGGCUUGCCUCAUACAAUCUACUGGGCGCUCUUUGUCGGGCGUUCGACUAUGGCUCCGCGAACAGACUAAUCUACACCAAAGAUCUUUCCGUGCCGAUGGAUCCUACCCGGUUCAUCGCCCACAUUAGCAAGGAGUUGGCUCAUACGGAGCCGCAGCUAACGUUGGAUUUCCUGACCGAGUUCUUCGUCGGCUGGGAGAGCUUCCUAGACGAGCAAAAAUCUUUUAGUCUCGAAUACAUGGCCCCUUGGAUAUCGAAUCUUCGCACCAGCGUCUUGGCCGGCGAAACGGAUGGGGAAAAGGGUCGGGAAAAGGUGGCCAACCUGUUCCGCAAGCUCAUUGACCUCGCCGUUCAGGACCAAAGCUUGAUGAGUGCACUUCAGCACCACGUCUGGCCACCAAUAGGCCGAGACGAAGCACUGCUGGAAAUCUUUGUCGACGAGCUGACAAAGACGUCGCUGAGCUACGACGCCCGGGCCGAGACGGCGGAUGUGGUGACGUCCAUCAUGGCCAGCCUCGGCACCAUGACGGUCAGAGGAAAGGUAUUGUCACGACUUCGCAAAGCCAUCAACCGCUCAUCCGUACGACCAACGCGGGUACUGGCGGAAAACAUGAUCUGGUCGGAAAUUUGCAUCUUGCUUCGGUUUUGCCUGGCACUGUCGUUUGACAGCGGUGUGCAGACGCAGAUGUUUCUACCGGAGGUGUUCCACGUGGUCACAAUGCUCGCCAACACGGGGGAGCAGGAAGUUCGCACGCUCGUGUACAGGUUGCUCGUCAACACGGUGCAUGCCGCCUGCUCCUCGUUCAUCCUGGACGAUGCCCAGUUCCUGAAGCUCCGAGGAAGCCUCGAGUCUCUCUGCGAGCCGCGCGCCGACAUAUUUUCGAUGCCAUUCGCAUCCUCGCGAGACGCUGCCGCGGCGUCGACGACAUCGCAAGAUUCGGCGCUGAACCUCGCGGCGACGGAGAACCUCGCGGCCCUGCUGUUCGAGCUGUGCUCCAUCGCGGCGCCCGCCAUGGACGUGGCCAACGCAUGGCGCUCACGCUGGAUGAGCUUGGUCGCCAGCACCGCGUUCCAGAACAACCCGGCGAUUCAGCCGCGAGCGUUCGCGGUGAUGGGGUACCUCGCGAGGGACGAGGUCGACGACGACCUCCUCUACCAAGUGCUGGUUGCGCUGCGGAAGAGCGUCAACCAGUUCAGGGAGGACGGCAACAGCGAAAUGCUCAUCUCCAUCAUCACCUGCCUCUCGAAGAUGAUGAGCAAGCUGCCGUCGGCCUCUCGAUACGGACUGCAGCUAUUCUGGCUCGCAAUGUCCCUCGUGCGGCUCAUGCCGGCGGGGCUUUUCAACUGCACCGCUCGGUUCCUGGAGGCGACGCUGCUCAACAUUGGCACGAUCGGCAACGUUCGAGGCGAGCGGAUGGUUCCGCUGCUGCUGCAGAGCCGAGCGCAGCUCGAGGAGGUGGCCCUGCCGCUGGACGAGGCGUACGGGAUCCGCUUCGAUGGCGAGACCUUCCACUACGCCGUCUGCGCGUGCCUCGUCGGCGGCCUCGCGGACACGACGACGAGGCUCACGGCGAUCCGCGUGCUCUCCAGCUUUCUGGACAUGACAACUUGGACCGGAGAGGAGUGCUCGGACGGGCAGCCGGGCCAUUCGGUGCACGGCUCUCCCUACCUCGCGUUGAUGCUGGCGAGGUGCAUGGGGCACGAGGAUUUCGUCGAGAACCUGUGGUGGGCGGGCAUCAAGACGACGGAGAUGGGCGACGUCGUCUGCCGUCGAGGGAACAGCAGCAUCAGCAGCUUGAGAAGCCGCGACGCCAUCCUCAUGACGGCGCUCGAGCUGGUGGACUUUCACGGCCUCGAGGACGCGGCGCAGGCACGCAGCCUCCACUGGCUCUUCAAGCUCGCGUCGGAGCGGCGGGACAUUUUCGUGAGGCUCUGCGGGGCGAUGCCGUCGAUUCUAAACGGCGUGCUGCUCCACGGCCAGGAACCGGCGACGUUGGAGGCGGCCCACCUGCUGCUGCGGACGCUCACCUCGGACGGCAACUACUCGUCGGCGAUGGGUUCCACGAAGGCCUUUGUCAACGUCCUCGACGGUCUCGGCUUCCGCGGCCUGUGGAGAGACUCGUCGGCGGCGUCGACGGAGGGCGUGAAGCAGGAGUGCUUUGAGAUGACGGAAAAGCUCAUCGAGAUGCGGAUCAACAGCAGCGCAAACAACAAUGGCCACGAAGACUUGCCGGCCGGGAGACGUUCCGACAAGCAGUUGUCGGCCGCCCAUGCCUACGAUUUUGUGGACGCCUGCGACGAUGAGCUGAUGUGA